AAAUUUUUGCAAACUUUUUGAAACCUUUCAUCAUUCCAUUUUGACAUUUCUGUUAAGUUUGCUGGUAGAGAUAGAUCGCGGAAUGGAACAGGCCAACUCGGACAUUCCCGGAAUCCCGGAAAAAAACAUCUGGACGCUAUCGACUGACGGGAAUCCUCGAUCCGGAUCAUCUGCUAGACGCGAUCACGGAAAAGACGGCCUCGACGCAUUGUCUUACCGUGGAGCGCUGUGGCCAGAGGAGAACGUCGCGUGCAACAAGUUCAACUCGAAGAUCAUCCAGGAACGCGCUGAUGGCUCGGGAGCGUCGGAGUCGGAAAUCUUCAUCUGGGAUCUGAACAUCACGGCGGCGCCGAUGAGCUUAGGAACGAAGGCGCAACCGUUUGAGGAUGUUCAGGGUCUCACGUGGAACCGACGGGUCCAGCAUAUCCUGGCCUCCAUCUCCAGCUCGUGUUGUGUCAUCUCCGUUCAACUGUGGGAUCUCCACUACGCGACUGCCCCCACCAAAACCUUCCACAUCCACCAGCGGGGUGUCCUCGGUCUGACCUGGUGCCCGAAGGAUUUCGAACUGGUCGCUUCCUGCGGCAAAGACAACAAAAUCCACUGCUGGAACCAAAACUCCGAAGAGCAAAACGGGGAAAUCCUCUCCGAGCUCGCGACCACCAACCAGUGGAACUUUGACGUGGCCUGGUGUCCGCGCAACCCGGCGCUCAUCGCCGGUUCCAGCUUUGACGGCAACGUAACCGUUUAUUCGAUCAACGGGGAAGCGCACGCCUAG